UUGUUUCCCUUCUACGUAACUUUACCGAAAGAACCAAGAAUAUGAAUCCCUGCAGUCACGAAAGCUUUAAAUCAAAACCAAAUGAAUCAUUACAUCACACCCUCGGUGACGUCAUCAUUUUACACUUAGUAAUUAACGCCAAACUAUCAUAAUUGUUGUUAUAAUUAUUACCAACGUUGUUUCCGGCAUCAUUAUGCAAGUUUACAAAAUACAAUAAUGCAUGAUUCUUUAUUAAGUCAUUGAUGUCAUGGUUAUCAUUUGCCCGUUUCAUUUAAAUAUCACGAUCGCCACAGGGCACUAUCACAGUUCCCAUCAACAUCAUCUUAUAAUUUCCCAUCAUCAUCGUCUAUCCGUUUUCCUUAACAUGACCAUUCCUUUAACAGAAAGUCGGGACAAGUGCUGUUAGCGAGCAUCAAUGAAGGCCGCCAAGGCACACGAGAGGGGGGUGGUCAGCCGCACGCCCGGCCGCCUUUGUCUCCCCAGUGCUGGUGUUUACACAACCACGCCGAGUACUCAUUGUAAGGCUGAGUCUACCUAGGGGAAGGCUUAGGACCGGUUCAUAUAUUCCUCUCUGUUAUUAUUGGUCGUGAGCGGGGAUCGAACUGGGGACGUCGAGUUGGAAGCGCGUUGCGUUCACCGCUCCACUACCGCUCCCCAAUAUAAAAAAACACAAAUGCACAUCCCCCAUCACCGCCACCACCACCACCACCUUCUCGUCACAACAUCAUGCUAUACAAUCAUCACCAUCGUGUGUCAAUGUUCACACUCGCACCACCAACUUCGCUAUCGCGGCAGCUCGGGAUGCAGGGAGAUUGUGGGAGGCCAUGGGGACAUUUGCGCAGGAAGGCGCCGGGCUGCAUUCUGCCAUGGGACAGAAGAAGAAGAUGAAGAAGGGUCCCGCCUUGCCUGCUGCCUUCGUGCCAGCCAGGGGCUUUGCAAGCCCAGUGGAGGCCGUGUGCGUGGAGGUGGACUCCGUCGACAGGGUGGUGGUGAACAACACGAUCAAGCUGACGUGCAUCUCGUGUCGCAAGCGGCAGGAGCAGGACGCCUUUGUGGACGUCACUUGGACGUUCCAGCCCGACGGAGAGAACACGACCGCCGUGGACAUCCUGGUGAUGAAACGAAAUGGUGACGACGUUGAAUUCACGAACCUGCAGUUUGGCAGCAGUCGUAUGCAGUUCGUCUACAGCGAGGACUACCAGGAGGUGUCCCUGAACAUCAACGACACUAAAUUAGAAGACAAGGGGACCUACCGUUGCCAUAUCCGCCGCGUCCCCGUGAUGCCCUCCGUCCACAAGCCCCCUGAGUUCUUUGUGACGAAGACCAUCCACCUCGAGGUGGUCCCCGAACCCUUCAUGGACAUAACGGCAAAGGUGUCGGAGGUGAUGAUGUACUUCAUGAUCGUCGCUAGCACUGUGCUGCUCAUCUUCACGCUCAUCACGUGCUACAUGAAAGUGAAGCAGGCUGACAAAGACAAGCACAGCAAAGUCACGGACCUCUUGGUCAUCGCCCCGGUGAACAAGGAGAACUGCGCUACAGAGCAGGCGGAGGAAGAGCUCAAGAGCAGCUCCUGAGCCGCUCGUGCAGCCACCAGGAGCUCGGACGCCGCAAGAGCUGUUCUCUUACGGCACGGCCCAGCGGGGUGGGCGCCGCCGCCAUCGCCAUUCGUCGGCUUUCCAAUGUUUUCUCUUUUUUAUUUUUUGCCUUCUUCCCUCCCCCAACUCACCCCCCCCUCCCCCCACGUGUGAGAUGGAACGCGACCGAAAGGAUGUCCACCGAGGUCGAUGGAGCGAUGAGAUCACGUCGCGUGCAGGUUCUGGGGGGGAUCACUGUAUCGCAUGAUCGUGAGAGAUGACGACGACCAGGCCUUAAUCCAGCAGUGGAUUAAAAAUUGUUGAUGAUUAUGAAAA